CUGAGGGACUUCACGGCUCAGUCACUUGAUUUUCUCAAGGACAGGAACUCCAAGGUCACCUGCUUAGAACCAAGAGGGCAGAGGACGGACAGCUUGGGACUAUAGAAAGUUUGAGAUGGAACCUGAGAGUUAUGGGAGAGGGCGCUAAACCAAAAAGCGCCCCCCCGCACCCCCUGCCCGCACUCACCCGAUCCCAGGUCAGAAAUUCAUUCCGCGCGCCUCUGGGUGCUGUCCAAGCUCUUGGGAACGACAGGCGUCCUCUGGGCUCUCGGCAAUUUCCAGCACAGUCGCCCUCCCGAGGCGCCCUGUAGGAGGCGCUUGCCAAGGAAAGGGGGGCAGAGCCCAGUGCCGCAGCCCUCCUGCCAGACAAGCAGGGGGCUCUCUCCCGAGAGGGGCGGUUCCCAACAGGCCUUGCGGUCGUGACUCAGAGCCCAGAUCUCUGACGCGCUAGUUCGUCGCCCCGACCGAGGGCGGUGUGGUGAGCCGGCUUCACGCUUCGUCGGGAGGACGAGUGGGUGAGAGAGGAAGCCCACGGAAGGGGAGGCCAGGACCGGGCAAGGACUGAAGGAGGACCGAGGCGGGCGGGGGUGCGGAGUGCGGGGCAGACCCGUAGGCCGCCGUGGUUUCCCAGCGGCGGGAGCGGCCGGGUUCGCCGACUAGGCCGCAGCGGCCAUGGCCGUAGAUUUCGGGGACCCCCGGAGCGGGUUCCGCCACAACGAGGUGGUGGUGUUCAUCAACGAGGAGGUGCUCAGCAACGGCGGCGGUCCCGACUUCUACCUGACCUUCUGCUCGAGGCCCUGGAACGAGGUAGAGGACGAGCUACUGUCCAUCGUGGCGGACCCUCAGGUGCCGCGCGCCGUCAAGCGGGCUUACUCGUGGAGCGCGCUGGCCUUGAGCGUGCGCGCGGCCGCGAGGCAGCAGGAGCAGCAGGCGCACCGCGUCCGGCGGCUGCAGGAGCAGCUGGAGGAGCGCGAGACCACCACUUGGGCUCUGGCCAACCAGCUGCAGCGGCUACGCCAGGAGCGCGAGCAGGUGGUGUCGCAGUUGCGCCGCAUGCAGCACGACCUGCAGCAUGUGCUGAAUGAGCGCGAGGCGCUGCGUGGCCAGCUGCUCCAGGCCCAGAGGCAGCCCCAGCAGGUCGGGUCUCGAGUGCAGCGGCUGGCGACGGAGGUGUGGCCCCUGAAUGCAGAGGAGCGGAACGAGGUGCUGGCCGCCACCCGUUCGCAGCGUGAGCGGGAUGCGGAGACCCAGAGAGAGGAGGCCCACAUGACCUUCGCGACAACAGGUGUGCUUUACGCGCCAGGAUCGCCGCCGCCACCGCCGAGUCCCUGGGCCCAGGUUGUUCAACCCUCUCUGCCAAUGCCGUUCCCCAUGCCAUUCCAGGUGGCGUUCCCCUACCCACCACCUCCCCAACCCAGAGUAGUCGCAGAAGCAGCAGCAGGAGCAGCGUUCACACCCCAGAUGCCUGCUGCAGCCAUCUACCCACCUGGCACGUGGCCUCCGUUCAGGCCUCUGGAGGAGAUAGCCAUGUGGUGGGACCAGAGACGCCAAAGCCAAGAGGAAGGUGCUGCCAGGCUCCACUUUGGCUUAAACCCCGCAGGGCGCAGCUGGAGCCAGGGAGACCUGAUGAAGCAACAGCCUCAGGGACAGAUGCCCAAGCAACCAAAUGCUCCAGGAACUUUGUGUGAAGCUGAAGAAACUCCAGCUCCCAGUGUGCGAAUGAAUCCUCCCAAAAUACCCUCUGGCUCUCAGCGGGCUUCACCUCAGUGAGACCUCAACUGGCUGGAGCUAGUAGAAGUGUGAAGAAAUCAGGGAAAAGGAGACAUUCUGGCACACAUCUUGAAACGGGGGAAGCAGACAGAUUUUGUUAGAAUUUGACCCUUCUCUUAUGGAAAAGGGAUUGGCAGCAGAUUUCAAAAGGUGGAUGGGAAGGGAGUAUUAAAUGUUAGAGGUUAUAGCAAGCUUGUUGAAUUUUGUUUAUUAAUUCAUUGAACAAAUAGUUACGGAUUGCCCCAUAAGGGUUAGGUACUACAGUGAUAUUUUAUUCUCUGGUGCAUACAUUAUAGCUCAAUUGGAUGAGUCUGGUUAGAUGACAGAAGAGCCUUAUUUGGGAUACAGUGUACACUGGGGUUGUUUUUUUGUUUGUUUGUUUUGUUUUGUUGCCUAGCAUGCAAUAUGGCUUUUGGGUAGACCCAACUGAAAUGACACCAAGAUCCAUUUCUGUGAUUCUGGAGGCAAUGUCAAAGGCACUUUCAUGGAAGGACUUGAAUGACUAAACUGCUUAGCACAUCAGUCCCCACAGAGACAAAGAGGCCGUGGCAAAGACUGGCGGAAGCAGCCUCACCAAAGGAUAGGCGGGACUUUUCUGAGACUCCUGCUGAUUUCCUCCCUUGAAAAGCACUGCUAGUUUUCCGGUUGUCUGAAAGACCACUGGGCUCUCUUGAAGAAGGAGAGUGUUGGCUACACACUGGGUCCCUCAGCUUGGGGCCACCAUCUUCCCGAGCUCCUUUCCAGUCAAGAUGGAUGAAAAACAAAAUGGAUUCCAAGGGCGGACAUCGUGCUGUGAAUGGUGCUCCUCUUGGAAGACUGAUUGGAUUAAAAAAGAACUGGACUGGGGCAAGCACUUUUGGGAAUGCCCGGGACCCCUUCUCUUCCAUUUGGUGUGUUCCCUGCAGGCUCUCUGCUCCCCCGAGGCGGGUAGAGCCCAGUGGGUGGGAAGUUAGAUGGUCUCCUGUCUGACCUGAAGGUGUUCUUGAGAUUCCCCCAUGAAGUCCCAGCUCACCAAGCUCGGCCUCUGUCAGAGGCUUCCUGGUUGUGAUAAUAAAGAGUGUGCACUUGCCCUCUGGGUCUUCUGUGUGGUGUGCAUCUCGGGGCAGGUUUGCUCCGGGACGGCAGUUUAAACCCACAUCUUCCUACCGUCCCACCAAA